AUGAAAACAUGUUACUAUGAAUUAUUAGAAGUAUCAUCUGAUGCUACCGAAACAGAAUUGAAAAAGGCGUACCGUAAAAAAGCCUUACAACUUCAUCCAGAUAAAAAUCCAGAUAAUAUUGAAGAAGCAAAUCAUAAAUUUUCAUUAGUACGAGCAGCAUAUGAAGUAUUAAGUGAUCCUCAAGAAAGAGCAUGGUAUGAUAGUCAUAAGAAUUCAAUUUUAAAUGAUGAAGAAGAAGAAAUUAUUGAAGGUGAAUCAUAUUUACCAUCUUUAUCAACAGAAGAAAUUUAUCGUUUUUUCAAUCCGGGAAUGUAUACUAAUAUGGAUGAUUCAAUAUCUGGAUUUUAUGCUGUUGUUAGUAGGAUCUUUGAAAGAUUAGCUCAUGAAGAAGUGCAACAUGGGAAAUAUAAUAAAGUUCCAGGAUUUGAAAAAUAUAAAGAUGAUGAAGCAAAUAGUGCUACUGAUGAAUCAUAUUUAAAAUAUCCUCGUUUUGGAAAUAGUAAAAGUUCAUAUGUUGAUAAUGUUCGAAAUUUUUAUAAUGUUUGGGGAUCUUUCCAGACUGCUAAAAAUUUUAAUUGGAAAGAUGAAUAUAGAUAUCUGCAUGCACCUGAUAGAAGAACUCGAAGGUUGAUGGAACGUGAAAAUAAAAAAGUUCGUGAUGAUGCAAGAAAAGAUUAUAAUGAAGCCAUUAAGAAAUAUGUUAAUUUUAUUAAAAAAAGAGAUCCAAGAGUUAAAUCUGGACAAGAAGAAUUACAAAAAUUAACCAAAAAGAAACAAUUGGAAGAAUAUCAAAAUCAAAUCCGACAACAAAAUUUGAAUAAAUUAAAAAAUAUGAAUGAUUUUAAUGAACAGGAUUGGCAAAAAUUAGAUCCUGAAGAAUUAAAAGAAUUGGAAGAGUUGUUGGAAAAUGAAUAUGAUGAAAGUACUGAUUCCGAAUUUGAUGAAUUUGAAGACAAUGAAGAUAUGGAAAUUCAUGAAUUUGAAUGUAUUGUAUGUGAUAAAGUAUUCAAAAAUGAACAACAGUUUAAAAUCCAUGAAGAUUCUAAGAAACAUAAGAAGAAUGUACGUCAAUUACAAUGGGAAAUGAAACAGGAAGGUAUUGAUUUGGGUAUUGAUAAACACGAUGAAGAUGAUUUGAGUGCUUUUGAAACUGCAUCAAGCAAUUUCCUGGAUGAUGAUGACCUCGAUGAAGACGAAGAGGAUAAAAUAGAAUCAGAUGAACUACUAAAUGAAGAAGAAGAAGAGGACUCAGUAGCUACACCAAUAGAUAACUCCAUUGAUAUUGAUAAUUUAGAAGUUGAUGAUGAUAUCGAUGAAGAAGAACCGGCACCAGUAUCUUCAACCAAGCGUAAAGAUGAAGAUGAAGAAGAAAAAGAACUAAAUCCAUUAGAAGCAGAUUUGGCAAAGCUCAUGGGUAAAGCCAAACUUGAUAGUGGAGAUGAGGAAGAAGAUGAUUGGCUGAUGGAUAAUAAAAAGAAAUCUAAAAAAAAUAAAAAGAAAAAGAAUGCCACACCAUCCAAAGAGUCCACUCCUGUUCCUGAAUCAAUAACAAAAUCAAAAGGUACUGAAAAAUGUUCAGUUUGUGGAUUAAGUUUUGAAUCUAGAAACCAACUUUUCAAUCAUGUUAAAGCUGAAGGUCAUGCUGCUCCGCCGCCUAAAUCAAAAUCAAAAAAGAAAAACAAACGUAAGUAA